GGUAAACAAUCCCCUUCGCUCCCCAGCCGAUAUUAGCAAGAACUACGACAGGGGGGUGCACCAUAUGCCGCAAUACAAGCGUGUGCCCUUAAUCUCAGACAAUCUACAAUUACCUCAAUUCCAACAGCCUUCUAUGACAUCCAGCGCAAUAUCAUCAUUCGUCUCAGAGCAGAAGCGUUAUCAGAAACAUUAUGCCACAGAAGGGGCCGCGGCAUUCAAAUCCUGGAUAUCCGUAUCCUGUGGAGGAAAAGGCGAUGGAACAAAUGGCUCUCGUCUGUCUGCAUCAGCAAAAGCGAUGUGCAAUUCCAGUCCAUUGCUUCAACCCCGUGUUCCAGAACCUCCGAUCUCAGACACUCGUGGUUCGAGUUCCCGGAAAAAUUACAGGCAAAUAGUUAUACCAAAGACUCAGUCGGGAGUGUAUGUGCCUCAACCCCGAGGGCCAGAAGAAUUGCGUGAGGACGAUCAUGUGGCAAGGCUUCAGCAAAGAAGGGAGCGUCGCAGGGCCAAGAGAGCUGUCCUUCACCCAAAACCUCCCCUAAGAGAUCAUAUUCCCGACGACUCAGCUUCUCCAGCCAAAACGACCGAAUUUUCUUCCCUAUCCAGCGGUGAUCAGCAAGGUGCAAGGCGAAGCCGGAAAAAACGGGAAUAUUCGACAAACCGUGGGAAGGCGAAGGCUUCGAAAAAGAGAAUGAAGAAAAGUAGCAGCUCAGGUUCCCGCCCAAGACACUCCCCACUUCCCACACAGAGAUCACCACGCAAAAGGAGGAGAUCGAAGAACAUAGCCCCAGGACUUUCGCUCAUGCACAACUUUGAUGCCAAAAAUAUUGCUCGCAGUCGGAUUACGCUCAAUAAAAUUGGGGUUUUUAACAAAGGAGUAGCUUCCGCUCCUACUAAUGUACCCCGAAACGGCAUAAUUCCACAAGAAAAGUUGCUGGCCAUGUUUUCUCGGAGCACGCGUUCCUGAACCGCACUAGGCCACUCAAACACGUAACAUCUUCCGAACCUACUAGUAAAUCAAACCGAUCUGCUGCUGACAGCGCGGAAGAGGACAUUCGCCGUUCAUCCCCUGCUGCGACCAA